GAAACCAUCAGUAUCUUGGUCUGUUUAAACUUUUAAAAUUCUUAUCAAAGUUGAUGCAACAAUGAUCACUUUCAAUGGGACUCAGGAGACAUCCUUGGAAACUAUGAGAGAAAACUACGUAGUGACAGCACCCAGUCCAGAGCUCACAACCCCUGCUGUGAUAGAAAGAGAAGUCGUGGCCGUGGGCUAUAUUCUUAGUGCGGUAUCCAUUUUGAUCAUCUCCACCAACCUUUUAGUCGUUAUUGCCCUGGUCCUCCUCAUCCGCAAGAGGGGCUGCCAGAGCUGGUGUUUUGUCUUAAACCUAUCCAUAGCGGACAUCCUGGUUGGCGUGGCUAUCACUGGCAUUGCCACCGAUGCUCUCGAAGGAACGACGGCCUCCAUGGAGAAGGGCAUUUGUUUGUUGCGCAUGACCUUUAUCAUGGCACCCUCUGCAGCCUCCAUCUUAACCAUGUUCUUGAUCUCACUGGACCGCUACGUAGCUAUCAAGUUGCCACUGCGCUAUUCGCAGUUAAUGAACGGUAAGAUGAUUGCUGGGGCUCUGGUUCCCGUCUGGCUCAUUUCAGUGACUGUGGGAUUUUCACCCAGCAUUUUGAAAACAUUGCAGAAGGAAGGCUAUCACAAAGUCUGCACAUUCUUCUCCGUCAUAGAGCCAAAGAGCAUCAUUGUGGUCUUCUGCCUUUUUUUCUUUCCAUUACUCUCAGUCUUCAUCUAUUUUUACAUGGACAUCCUGAAAAUUGCCUGUGGCCAUCAGAAGCGCAUCCGUGCCCAGCAAGCAGGUUCACGCAUUCUGACGUCUAGCCGUUAUUGGGGUCAUGUAAAAGCCCUGCGGACUGUUGCCGUGCUGAUUGGUUGCUUCACACUCUGCUGGUGCCCCUUUUUUGUGGUCAGUAUUGUGCAGGCAUUAUGUCCAACCUGUGAACUUUAUGACUUUUUGGAGAACCAACUCUGGCUGCUGGGGCUCUCAAACUCCCUAAUAAAUCCCCUUGUUUAUGCUUGCUGGCAGCGGGAGGUGAGAAGCCAGAUCUGUGAGAUCUUCGCUCAUAUUAAAGUUGGGUUGCGUUGUGUGACACAUUCUGAGACGGCAGACAGAUGCCCCACAGACCACCCGAUUGUCACUCAGGCAGUAAGGUUUCAUGACAAGAUGCUAGCCACCCCAUUAAAUUAUAGGUCUGUCACAAUUCCUGAACAACAUCCAGAAAAUAUUUCCAAUAGAUAGGAUAUCCUUUUAGUCCACUGACCAUGAAACUGUAAAAGGUUUAGAAAAAAUGCUACAUCCAUUAAUGGAUACAGAGCCCAGAGUAUCUGUCCAAAUACAACAGACAACGCUUUAUUUGAACACAAUACAUUAUAACCAAAUCAC